GUGAUGACGCGUAUUCAUCUGGUGACAAAAUGGCCGAAGGACCUUCACAAACAAUCGAGAUCAAAAUGCACUGCCAAUUAUAGAUUCGAUUUGUUGGCGUUUCGUUGGACGAUCUUUCUGUUCAAAGGUAUCACAGCUCAAAAACAGUUAAUUUUGGUUGGAGGAAGAGUUAAGCUUUACAAAGAAAAAUGGCCACAGCGGCCCUGACCUGUCGAGUGCGGACACUGCUGUAUGUCCCCAGCAUGCGUAUCCUAGCCUCUCGGGUCCGCGUUUUCUCCAGCUUUGACCAGCAGGAGAGCGUAGAGACAUCCAUACCAGACCCUCGCAGACAAGGUGAGGUGUCGGACACAGUGUGGCCUGAUGUCCACCUCGGUCCCCUGGGUGCGCGUGACCAGCGCUUCCCCGGCCACGUGGGCGCGGCCAGCCAACUCUCGUCUUCCCCUCAUCCAAAAACACUUUCCCAGCCGCGGGCCCCUUUACCCGACAUUCUAACAGACAUGACGGCACAUGAACGUCAGUAUGAUACCGUUCAGCAGUUCCUGCAUUCAUCUGUGGUGACUGGGGAGGUGCAGCCCGACCUACAAAGUGCCCUGGACAAGAGUGGGGACAUGUUGGAGUGUGUGGCUAUGGACUGUCCGGAAAAACUCAGGAAAGAUUUUAACACUUUGUUUACGGAGUUGAGCUCGCUUGACGACCCACUGACGGUGAUCACGCUGAGUCAGCGCACACAGAAUGACAUGAGCAUCUGGAGCAUGGACGUGGAACAGGAGCGCGAGGAACUACUGGGCUGUUUUGUGACAGCAGCUCAGCAGAUCUGUGAGGACCUGAAGAAGGAAGGAUACUGGGCAGACUUCAUCGACCCUUCAUCAGGGAGAGCAUUUUUCGGACCAUACACCAACAACACGAUGUUUGAGACGGACGAGCGUUACCGGCACCUAGGGUUUAAGAUCGAGGACCUUGGCUGUUGCAAAGUUAUAAGCCAUAAACUCUGGGGAACUCAUGUGUACGUCGGAAGCCUUUAUACCACCGCACCUAGUGAUGGUCCUGCCAUGCAAACGCUGCUGAAGAAAAUAGCAGGAUAGCAAAGAGAGGAAAAACAUUACCUGCACAACUUGCCUAACAAUUGAUGAGAGUACUGUAAAAUCUGGAAAUGUGGCUUUAUUUUCGCGAUGCCUCUCGACCACAAAAUGAUGUGUUUCCAUGCUACAGUUUUGUUUUGAAGACACAACAAAAAUCUUUUCUUCAACUCACACCACAAGGUGAAAUCCCGGUGAAAAUAACUGAAUUUACAGUAUUAAGAUGGGUGCAAGGAUUUUUGUUGUACAAUCUUAGACUAUGGAGAAACAGCUCUUUGAAUCAGUCAUGAUCUUAGUUACAGUGUGGGACAAAUUAAAGAACUGUAGUUCAGUUUUCUGUCAGCAGAUAUAUAUACUUUUGUUUUACUGAUUUGUUUAAAAGUAUCCUUUAUGAUCUAUAAGGUAUGGUCAAAGGUGACAAUAUUAAAGCCCAUGUUUUCAGGUCCAUGAUCCCUUCACAAUACACACCUUGUCGCUUUUGGCAUUCUAUUUACAUGUAGAUACUGUAUGUAGGUGCCAACCAGUCUUUAACCAUAUUGCCAAACCUGGUAACCAGUACAGAUUUGGUGCCCAAAAUGGCU